GUGACAUGGUGCCAAAGACGAUUGUGGGGAAGGUGUUUGGGUCCAUAUGCUCUCUAAGUGGGGUGCUGGUCAUCGCCUUGCCUGUCCCUGUCAUAGUGUCAAACUUCAGCCGUAUUUACCACCAAAGCCAGCGGGCAGAGAAACGACGAGCCCAGAGGAAAACUCGCCUCGCUAGAAUCCGUGCUGCCAAGCUUCGGGGCACUAACGCCUAUAUGCGCUACAAACAAAAUGGGCUCCUGAUCGACGCACUGGAGGAGGCCUCUAAGGUAGCAGGAAAAGCCUUGGCUGAAAAGGCUGCCAGCCCUCCUUUCGAGAGCCAACAUCAUCAUUUGCUGCACUGCUUGGAAAAGACAACGAAUCACGAGUUUGUUGACGAGCAGACGUUCCAGGCCAACUGUAUGGAGAUCUCAGUGGUGAACAAGUCGGGCUCCCGAACUUCCUCGCUCUCCUCGUCUCCACACGGCUUCAGCUCAUGCUGCUCUCGACGCCACAGGAAGAAGAGCAGCUUCAGCUUGCCGAGCACCAACAACCAGGAGCUCAGCACCAUACAGAUCAGAGAGAGGCCCAUGACCAACAGCCGCUCCAGCUUGAACGCAAAACUCGAUGAGACUAUGCCCUUGAAGUGCGAGGAAGCAUACAUCUCCCCAUCCAUGGUCCGGCUGUCUGCCCCGGUGGCGACCUCGUCUAACAACACAUCCACUCCCACCACCACGUACUCGCAGAGCAACAUUGUUCGAGUAUCUGCCUUGUAGAUGUCGCGCCUAUCUGACCUGAUCAGCUAACUGGUCUUGAGAAGCACCAGAUGCUGAGGAGAGGGACCACUGAGCAUCAACCUGCCAUAACCGAGAGGGAAUAGAAGCUUAACAGUCCUUGGGAUUUUAUUUGAAGUUGUGAUUUCAUCUGAUGUCAAACUCUGCAUGGUGUUAAAAAAUAAAUAAAUAAAAGGAGUGUGGACAGCGGCCCCAGGGAGUUUGAUGUUGAACCAGCAGAUCCUGCUUCAUUAAGCACAUCAAAGUGAGGAAGCAUUUGGAAUGAUCGUCAUCGUUGCCUAAACAUACUGAGAAAAAAAACAACUAUUUUUCAAUAUGUGACGUAGAUGUAUUUGUCGUCUCUGAUUCAAAGAAGGAAAGUCUCCGGAUCAUUCUUGACAGCCUUUUGGAAUAAAGCACAUAUAUUUGUUGCCUAAAUGGCCAUAUUUGUGACUAUGAAAUCACCCUUCACACUUAUCUGUUUGAAACACUUAACUGCUUUCUUAUUUUUCCCCUUUACUGUUGUAAAGUC